AUGGACCGUGUGUGGACUGUGUUGGUGCGUGUAUGGACUGGGGUGGAGAAUGUGUGGACUGUGGUGGAGCGUGUUUGGACUGUUGUGGAGCUUGUGUGGACUGUGGUGGAGCGUAUGUGGACUGUGGUGGAGCGUAGGUGGACUUUGGUGGAGCAUGUUUGAACUGUGGUGGAGCGUGUGUUGACUGUGGGGGAGUGUGUGCGGACUGUGGUGGAGUGUGUGUGGACUUUGGUGGAGCGUGUGUGGACUGUGGUGGAAUGUUUUUGGACUGUGGUGGAGUGUGUUUGAAUGAGCUUCAACCUGUCUUCUUUUGUCUUUUCCUUUUCUGUUGUGUGGAGAGCUGUGUUUUAGUCAACGCUGUCCAUGGUGCAGUACAAUUCUGAUCACUGCUAUUUUCUUGCUGUCAGACCUUCCACACAUGACUAAGUCACCAUUAAAGUGUCUGUCUAUUGUAGCAGUGACUGAUGGAGCUCCAUAAAUUCAAUUUUUACCCCACUAAGCUGUGGGAAAUAAACCAUCCCUGAACGGCCAACCCGGGAUUUGAUCUCAUGUCAACAACUGAACCUUCUGCUCAGUUGGUAGAGCAUCGUGCUUGCAUGGUGCUUGCAACGCCAGGGUUGUGGGUUCGAUUCCCACGGGGGGCCAGUAUGGAAAAUGUAUGCACUCACUAACUGUAAGUCGCUCUGGAUAAGAGCAUCUGCUAAAUGACUAAAAUGUAAAAUGUUUAGAGAGAGAGAGGGAGGCACUUGUAUCACACUUGUAACACAGGGUUUUGUCACCAUCUCCAUGUACUCAUCAUUACCCAGUCAGCCAGGUUAAAACCCCCAGAGAGGGAUGGGCAUCUUGGGCACACGUUCCCUGGGGCUUGGGGUGGUGGAGGUGUUGGGGGUAGUGGUUGGGAUUGAUUGCACCAACACACAGAUGUGUCCCCACUGAACAGUGUGGUUCAUGUGUGCCUGUGUCACGCAUGACUGUUCAUGGAUGGUUUGUUGUGCUACCCCUCAGAACUGCCAACUCUCUCUCUCACUCUCUCAAUUCAAUUCAAAGGGCGUUAUUGGCAUGGGAAACAUAUGUUAACAUUGCCAAAGCAAGUGAAAUAGAUAAUAAACAAAAGUGAAAUAAACAAUACAAAAUAUACCAUAAACAUCAGUUCCAAAGGAAUAGGGUCAUUUCAAAUGUCAUAUUAUGUCUAUAUACAGUGUUGUAACGAUGUGCAAAUAGUUCAAGUACAAAAGGGAAAAUAAAUUAACAUAAAUACAUACAAUGUGGUUUGUUCUUCACUGGUUGCCCUUUUCUUGUGGCAACAGGUCACACAUCUUGCUGCUGUGAUGGCACACUGUGGUAUUUCACCCAAUAGAUAUGGGAUUUUAUCAAAAUUGGGUUUGUUUUCAAAUUCUUUGUGGGUCUGUGUAAUCUGAGGGAAAUAUGUGUCUCUAAUAUGGUCACACACUUGGCAGGAGGUCACGAAGUGUAGUUUAGUUUCCACCUAAUUUUGUGGGCAGUGUGUAAAUAGCCUGUAUUCUCUUGAGAGUCAGGUCUGCCUACGGCGACCUUUCUCAAUAGCAAGGCUAUGCUCACUGAGUCUGUACAUAGUCAAAGCUUUCCUUCAUUUUUGGUCAGUCACAGUGGUCAGGUAUUCUGCCACUGUGUACGCUCUGUUUAGGGCCAAAUAGCAUUCUAGUUUGCUCAGAUUUUUGUUAAUUCUUUCCAAUGUGUCAAGUAAUUCUCUUUUUGUUUUCUCAUGAUUUGGUUGGGUCUAAUUGUGUUGCUGUCCUGGGGCUCUGUGGGGUCUGUUUGUGUUUGUGAACAUAGCCCCAGGACCAGCUUGCUAAGGGGACUCUUCUCCAAGUUCAUCUCUCUGUAGUUGAUGGCUUUGUUAUGGAAGGUUUGGGAAUCACUUCCUUUUAGGUGGUUGUAAAAUUUAACGGCUCUUUUCUGGAUUUUGAUAAUUAGCGGGUAUCGGCCUAAUUCUGCUCUGCAUGCAUUAUUUGGUGUUUUACAUUGUACACUGAGGAUAUUUUUGCAGAAUUCUGCAUGCAGAGUCUCAAUUGAGUGUUUAUCCCAUUUUGUGAAUUCUUGGUAGGUGAGCGGACCCCAGACCAUAAAGGGCAAUGGGUUCUAUAACAGAUUUAUAUAUUUUUAGCCAGAUCCUAAUUGGUAUGUCGAAUUUUAUGUUCCUUUUGAUGGCAUAGAAGGCCCUUCUUGCCUUGUCUCUCAGAUUGUUCACAGCUUUGAACCACCUGUGGUUCUGAUGUUUAGGCCGAGGUAUGUAUAGCUUUUUGUGUGCUCUAGGGCAACAGUGUCUAGAUGGAAUUUGUAUUUGUGGCAACUGGACCUUUUUUCAAACAACAUUAUUUUUGUUUUACUGAGAUAUAAUGUCAGGGCCCAGGUCUGACCGAAUCUAUUCAGAAGAUGUAGGUGCUGCUGUAGGCCCUCCUUGGUUGGGGACAGAAGCACCAGAUAAUCAGCAAACAGUAGACAUUUGACUUCAGAUUUUAGU